AGCUAUAAAAAUGGCUCCAAAAAUAAGAGUGCCCGCUGACUUUGGGAGAGAGCACAUCAACUCAGAAGUACAUGGAAAUCUUAUACUGAAACUGAAAGAUGGUCGACAAAUAAGAACCAAUUCUAUGAUUAUGUCUAUGAAUAGUCCUGUUAUAGACAACCUUACUACUAACAUGUUUCAGUCUACAUUGGAGGUAGAUGAUUUUGAAAACGAAGCAGUCGAUUGUUUUGUGGAUUCUAUGUACACAGGCGAAGUUGAAAAAUUGGAAAGAAGUAUCUUUGAAGAGGUAAACAAGAUGGCACAUGCGUUUGAAGUAUCCUGGUUGGGUAAAAAAUGCCUGAAAUUCUAUCAAACUGACAUACUCAAUUUUGACAAGAAAACAUAUGAUGAUAUUCUAUUUGCAUGUGAGAUAGCCAGCAGAGCUCACACAAAUCUGAAACAAAGCAAGUUUGUCAGCUUUUUCGUUAAAACUGCAUUCUCUUGGAAUAUUAGUAAAGGAAUAUUUCUACAAAGAUACAUGGCUGAUUUUGUUAAUAUCUCAAAACGUCAGAUGGACAUGUCCCUAGCUAUUGCCAGGGAUGACAUAAAUUUAGUUAUCAGAAUUUUGAAUUUUUAUUUGAGUAUAACCUUAAAAUCCAGAAAUGUCGAUGAAAACUCACUUUAUCUACUUGAGAAACUUGAUGUCCGAAAAUGUAUCAGCAAAUAUCCAUCUGACUUUGAGGAAUUGGUAUACUUCAUAACUGAAAUUUCUGAAGUCACAAAUAAUGAUGGGAUGAAGCCAAUAUUGGCUAAGUUUAAUAGGAUCAAAGCUAGCAGUGAUGAUGAAGUAGACUCUAGUGAUGAUUCUCAAGAUGAAAUUUCCAGCUUGGAAUCUGAUGACAGUGAAUCUGAUAAGAUUAACAAGCCUAAGGAUCAAAGUUUGAAAAACCCUGAAACUUUUGAUCUUGAUAGGACAGGUUGGAGACUGGUAGAAUUUGAUCUAAAAAAAGAGACUAGGUUUGUGUUACCCCGUCAAGAAAUAAUGGUUGUGGAAAUGGUAACUACGAAAAAUGAUGUUGAAAAACAUAUUGCGCUUAUAUAUGAAUUUACUGGCUUUCAAUUAAGCCUUUUCAUACGAUGUGAUGAUGUUUCUUCUCAUAAAUGGAGUUAUGCACUACAAAAAUGUACAGAUUUUGUGUUUAAAAGCACAAUUCUUGAAGAACGUGCCGAAGAAUAAAGUGAAGCUGUGGAAGAUAACGAAAACAAGUACCCACAUGAAGAUAGUUUGCAAUGAUGUGACCGUCUUGGAUUUCAAUUUUGAGGCUGAUUCUAAUAAGAGGAUUAUAAGAAUAUUAAAGAUAAUUGGUCAGGGCAACCAAUAUCAGUAAAGAUCCUUAAUCAAUUCUCAGAGUAUACCUUUGUGAAAACAAUAUAGUUACAUUUAUAUUGUAAGCAUCGAGUAUCAUUACGGUGGCAUUGAAUAUUGUAAUUGCAUAUGAUAUGAAAACAUAGAACAUCUUUUAAAAGGACUCUUGACCUAAGAAGUUGAAAUGUAAUAUGUUCAGUGUUCACAGACUUGAUUAUUUCCAUUUUAAAGUAACUUUAUUAAAAAUUUACGUUUGAUAUUUCUUCAGAAUUGCUCACAGUACUGAUUCUGUGGAAGAUAAGAAUAAUUCUUUUUUUAAAAUCAUUCUAUUUCUAUUAGUCGCAAACA